AUGCAUCGGAAAGUGCGCCGGAAAGGUUUCCGACGCAUAUCAUGUUCCAGAAAGGUUUCCGACACAUAUUAUGCACCGGAAGACUUUUAUCGACGCGCUCCAAACCGGCGCAGGGAAUUCCGCCGGAAAGUGCACCGGAAACCUAUAAUUCUGACGAAAAUCUUGUAUGAGCGGCAGAUAUUAUCCGCAGGCAAGCAUAAUCUUAACAAGCGAAAGAGCAUUAGAGCUUACCUCACAAUCCUUAAGUCUCGAUGCCUUCUUUCUGCGGACAGCAGACCAGAAGAGGUUGGGGUGGAAAGGAUUUUGAAAGAAGGGAAGGGAAAGGUGGUGGAGUGGUGCUCACAAGUGAGAGUGUUGGAUCACAAGGCGGUGGGGUGCUUCGUGACGCAUGGGGGGUGGAACUCUAUGUCUGAGGCGGUGGUGAGCGGCGUGCCGAUGGUGAUGCUGCCGCAGUGGAUCGAGCAGGCAACAAAUGCAAGGUUGGCAGAGGCAGUGUGGGGGAUCGCUUUGAGGGCAGAGGCAGGUGAUGAUGGGAUCGUGGAUGCGGUGGAGCUGAGACGUGGUUUGGAUGUGGUGAUGGGGGAGGGUGACAGGGCAAGGGAGAUAAGAAAGAAGGCUGAGGAGUGGAAGGAGAAGGCAAGGGCGGCGCUUGCAGAGGACGGAUCAUCGUCCAGGAACCUCAAGGCAUUUGUCAAUGGCCUUUGAGGGAUAAGUUCUACAAGACAAUAAUUGGGAUAGCUUAUCUCAAGUUUGAUUCUGUUCAACAUUUAGUAUGUUUAUUUUGCACUUUUUCAUUGUAAAAUAAAUAAUUAAAUAUUUUAAUUUUUAUUAAAUAGUUUUUAUGUA